GCGACAAAGAGAUAGUGAAUAGAGCAUGUGGGAUUCUUUUUGUUGUUUCCCUUCAUCACAUAUUGCCGAAAAUUGAAUUUCGAACCUCAAAUUUUGUGUUUUCAAUUAAAAAAAGAUUGUCGGACUCGGAGGGUUUGAUAAUUUUGGGAAGAAGAGGUUGAAAUGGAAAGGGGCUCGAGCAGCAAGUUCAAGAGACUGUGUGUUUUCUGUGGAAGUCAUCCUGGUCAUCGAGAAGUCUUCAGCGUUGCUGCUACUGAAUUGGGAGAUGAAAUGGUGAAUCGGAAGAUAGACUUGGUAUAUGGUGGUGGAAGUGUUGGUCUAAUGGGUAUGAUAUCUCAGAGAGUUUUUGAUGGAGGCUGCCAUGUUCUUGGAGUUAUUCCCAAAGCUCUUGUUCCUCUCGAGAUAUCUGGUGAAACUGUUGGAGAAGUACGAAUUGUUUCAGACAUGCACGAAAGGAAAGCGGAAAUGGCUCGACAAUCUGAUGCCUUUAUUGCCCUCCCUGGAGGUUAUGGAACCAUGGAGGAAGUAUUAGAAAUGAUCACAUGGUCACAGCUUGGAAUUCAUAAAAAACCUGUUGGUCUCCUAAACGUUGAUGGUUAUUACAACAAUUUGCUUGCAUUAUUUGACAAUGGAGUGAAGGAAGGUUUCAUCAAGCCAGGUGCUAGACAAAUUGUCAUAUCUGCCCCUAAUGCAGUAGAUUUGCUUGCAAAGAUGGAGGAAUACACUCCUGAUCAUGAUCAUGUUGCACCUCACGAGAGCUGGCAGAUGGAGCAACUCGGGAACUAUCCAAAUAAGAAUUGAUUUAAAUGUUUUAUUUAUUUAUGUAAUUCUUUUCAUUUGGUGUGAGUUUGAUUAUGGUGAAGACAUCCGUGUUGUGCUAGAAAUGAUCAAUUGGUUUGAUUAUGAUUCAUUCGUUUUCUGCUGUUUUAUGUUAUGAAACAGCCAAGAAAACAUUGAAAGAAAAAAAAAAGGCUUAAUAGGUUCUGUUACUUGGUGAAUAAGUUUCAUCAAGAAACUGGAUAUUGUGCGAUGUAUUGACUCUAAUGCUGAUGACUUGCUUGUAUUAUUGUAAUA